AUGUCCAGCGACGCAGCCAACGAUCCCGAGAUCCUCUCUCAUGUCCAGCAGUUCUGGGAGGGCCGCAAGCCUAGCAGCCCCAUCUACCAGUUCUUGCUCGACGACAUCAAGCUGACCUAUGCCUCCAAAGGCGUCGUGCGCGCACAGCUGCCGCUUACCAAGAACCACGUGAACACGCACGGCAGUAUCCAUGGCUCUGUCUCCGCGACAUUGAUAGACUGGGUCGGUGGCAUGGCCAUUGCAGCUUGGGAUAACCGGACCAAGACAGGAGUGUCGACAGACAUUCACAUCUCAUACCAGUCUGGAGCCAAGGAUGGUGAUACCAUCGAGAUUGAAGGCAAGGCCGGAAAGGUGGGCGGAACGCUCGCAUUCACUACAGCGACUAUAUGGAAGCUUGUCGAUGGCAAGCCAGGUUCUAUUGUCGCGACAGGCUCCCACACCAAAUUUGUUAAGAUAUGA